AUGGCUACCAAGACACUCGAGGCUCGAUUUGAGCACUUGUCCAUGAAGGAUGAAAAAGAGGCAGCUGGUGAGCGUGUCUACUGCAAGCCAAAGGGUUCCAUCUCUACCGCUGCCUCCCUGUCUGGACUCGGUUCCUCUCAGAGCAAUUCGAACCGAGCUCAACUAUUGAAGCUGGCCCUUCAAAACACAAAUGACAACAAGGUCAAUGCCAUGAUUCCUGCCUCCCCAGGCAAGGGUACCCAGGGAGCGUUGCCCUCGCGCGACACUGAUGAGAACGGGAGCCACCGUGGUUCCGUUCUGAACAAUCAGGCCCCGACCAUGCCAAAAGAACUUCACUUGGGUAUGUUUGAAAUUGGAAAGCCUCUCGGUAAGGGUAAAUUUGGACGGGUGUACCUUGCCAAGGAGCGUUCUUCGGGUUUCGUCUGCGCUCUCAAGGUGCUGCACAAGUCGGAACUACAGCAGGGCGGUGUCCAGAAGCAGGUUCGCCGUGAGAUCGAGAUCCAAAGUAACCUGCGACACCCUAAUGUCCUGCGGCUCUACGGUCACUUUCACGACAGCAAGCGCAUUUUCCUCAUUCUCGAGUUCGCCGGCCGCGGUGAACUGUACAAGCACCUCCGCAAGGAGCACCGAUUCCCCGAGUGGAAGGCUGCUCAGUACAUUGCUCAAAUGGCUGCUGCUCUCAAGUACCUCCACAAAAAGCACGUCAUGCACCGUGAUAUCAAGCCGGAGAACAUCCUCGUUGGUAUCCACGGAGAAAUCAAGAUCAAGAUGGUGGCGCCUCGCGCUGGGAGCGAAAAUUACUACACCGAGAAGGUGGACCUGUGGAGUUUGGGUGUGUUGACCUACGAGUUCCUGGUCGGCGAGGCGCCCUUCGAAGAUACGCCCAUCAUGACCCAGCGAAGAAUAGGCAGGGCAGACAUGUCCGUUCCAUCCUUUGUUAGCCCAGAGGCCAAGGACCUUAUCAAGAGGCUUCUUGUCCUCGAUCCCGAGAAGCGCAUUCCCCUUGACGAGAUCCAGCGUCACCCUUGGAUUGUCAAGCACUGCAUGAAAGAUGGCAAACGGGUCUCGGGCCCAAAGGAUGGCAAGGCCUGA